CAAGACCUGCCGGGAAACAAAGAUGGCUACCUUAGAGGAGGCUAUUUGUAAUGUUCGGCAGUUAGAAACCAUCAUAUUACCAGAUGAACAGCCACAAAUUGAGGCGCCACCAGCUUCGGUCACUUACACAGCCAAUUUUGAUACCAACUUUGAAGAUAGCAAGGCUUUUAUAACCUGUAUAAGCAAGUAUUUAGAAGAAGCUGAUGUACACRAGGGCUUGAUCGAAUUAUUAGAGGAAGGAGAUAAAUAUGCUGUGAUCCUGUAUACAUGGAGGUGUUGCUCAAGGGCUGUCCCAUCUGUCAAGAGUGAUGACCAGCCCAACAGAGUCGAAAUUUAUGAGAAGACAGUCGAAGUACUUGAGCCAGAGAUUAAAAAGCUCAAAGGCUUCAUGUACUUUGCUGAAACCAGUGUUGAAAGGUUCUGCCGUGAGGUCAAAACCCUAAGUCAUCCUGAAAGAAAAAAGGACUUUAUAUCAGAGAGAUAUCUUCUUACUCUUGGAAGGUUUAUUAACAUGUUUGUUGUACUGGAUGCCCUUAAAAACAUGAAGGCUUGUCUUAACAAUGACUAUGCUUUGUUCAAAAGAGCCGACACAUUUCUAAGGCGUGGAACAGGGGAUGUAUCAUUGAUACAAGAAACACAGACUUUUUCGUUCUUCUUGGCCACUCAAAAUAAAAUUACAUUAAUGUUAAAAGAAAAACUUGAAAAGAUCCAAGGUUAUGAAGAUGUUCUGGCCGAUGUGGUGAACUUGUGUUGCAAGCUGUAUGAGACCAGUUUGUACAUUCUUCCUGCAGAAAAGCACAUGCUGUUGAAGGUGAUGGGUUUUACUAUGUUUUUAAUGGAUAGCAAAGAUAAUGGCAUCAUAAAAAUGGACCAAAAGAAACAGAUCAAUAUCUCUAAGAUUGACAAGAUUUUCAAGCAAUUGCCAGUUGUUCCAUUGUUUGGCGACAUCCAAAUUGGAUUAGCAAGCUAUGUCAAGAUGUGCCCUCACUUUGACAGCAUGCGAGAAAAAUGGACUUGUGCAAAUGAGAAUGCUGAUGAGAAGAUCAUUAACAUGGGGCAGUACAAUUUGACAAACAGGAUGGAUACUAUACGGGAAGAACACGUCAGAUUUAUCAGUGAACUGGCAAGAUAUAACAAUGAGAUGAUCACAUCCAGCUCCAAUCCCAGAGAUGAAAAUCAGUUCAAGGAGUUAAGGCAGUUGGGUUUACGUGGUCUGCAGUUGCUCUCUAGCUGGACAUGCCAAGUUACAGAGCUUUACUCAUGGAAACUGCUGCAUCCUAUAGACAAGUAUGCUAAUCCAGAUUGUCCAGAAAAUGCUGAAGAAUAUGAAAGAGCAACAAGAUACAAUUACAGUAGCGAAGAGAAAUUUAAUCUGGUUGAGGUAAUUGCCAUGAUUAAAGGACUGUACGGGCUGAUGUCCAGACUUGAGCCCAUCUUUUCCGAGGCAGCUCGUCACUCAAUUCAUAGAGAUUUGCAAGCAUUUAUACAACUUUCUUUGAGAGAGCCAGUAAGAAAGGCUGUCAAGAACAAGAGAGCUACACUCUUAAAAUCUGUGUUGAUGUCUAUUCGAGACACUGGUGGAGAUUGGGUAGAUGAUAAGUUGAGAAGUAAAGACCCCAUCUUGAAGGGUGAGAAAGACCCAAAGUCAGGACCAAAUAUAAAGCUUCCAGAGAGAGAUGUAGGACCUUCCAGUACACAGCUGUACAUGGUUCGUACAAUGUUGGAGUCGCUGAUUUCAGACAAAGGCAAGAAAAGUCUGAGGAAAGAGUUGGACAAAGAGCAUGUGGAAGCCAUUGAAGUCUUCCUGAGAGACUCUUUCUUCUUUCAUCAGCUUCUGAAGUUUGAUGAAGUUUUGAGGGAGUGUUGUGAUUUGUCACAACUGUGGUUUAGAGAAUUCUACCUAGAGUUGACCAUGGGCGCUAGAAUCCAGUUUCCUAUAGAUAUGUCAAUGCCAUGGAUUCUGACCAAUCAUAUCCUAGAAACCAAGGAACCAAGUAUGAUGGAGCAUGUUUUGUAUCCUCUUGACCUGUAUAAUGACAGUGCACACUAUGCCUUGACGCAUUUCAAGAAACAAUUUCUGUACGAUGAAGUUGAAGCUGAGGUUAAUUUGUGCUUUGACCAGUUUGUGUACAAACUCAGUGACCAAGUAUUCGCGUAUUACAAGUUCCAAGCUUGCAAUAUGUACCUCAAUAAGCAGUUCAAGUCAGAGUGUGCAAAGCUUGGAAUCAACCUGAAUGCAGGCAAGGAAGGUCGUGCAAACAGAUACGAGAGCUUACUAAAGCAGAGACACGUCCAGCUACUUGGGCGCUCCAUCGACCUCAACAAACUGAUUACUCAACGCAUAAAUAAUUUCCUGUUGAAGUCUCUUGAUAUCGCCAUAAGUAGGUUCGAGAGUGGCGACUUGUGCGGGAUAGUGGAUUUGGAAAACCUACUGGAGGUGAAUAGAAUAGCACACGAAUUGCUAUCAGAACACAUGACACUGAUUCCAUUCAAAACCAUGUUGCGUGAAGCCAACCACUGUGUCUCUGCUCCCUAUGGUAGAAUCACCUUGCACGUCUUCUGGGAACUGAACUUUGAUUUCCUACCCAACUAUUGCUACAACUCUGCCACUAACAGAUUUGUGCCCACGUCGUUAUCAUACGUGGACAAGGUACCCAGAGAAGCCGCACCAAAGGGAACCCAUCACUUGUUUUACGGAUCCAAGAACCAGAACUCCGCAUUCAAUGCCAUCAAUUCAUUGUACAGCAACUUCUUUGGUGAUAUCCACUUCAGCUGUUUAGCACGAUUACUUGGUUACCAGGGAAUCGCGGUUGUCAUUGAGGAGCUUCUGAAGAUCGUCAAUAGCCUGUUCCAGGGUCAGAUACAGCAAUACGUUGCACAACUAAUCGAAGGCAUGCCCAAGAAGUGUAGUUUACCCCGUUUUGAAUACGGCUCAACAGGUGUACUUGAGUACUAUCACGCCAACCUCGAGCCAAUCAUGCAGUACCCAGAGCUGCGAGUCAACGUGUUCCAGGGCUUCAGAGAGAUAGGCAAUGCUGUCCUAUUUGCAUUGCUAAUUGAAUCAAUGCUGUCUCAAGAAGAGGUGCUUGAUCUUUUACACGCCGCUCCGUUCCAAGGAAUCAUUCCAAGACCUUACCUUAAAGAGGGCGAGAAACUUGAAGGCAAGAUGAAGAAACUAGAGACCCAGUACAGUUCACUCCAGGUCGUGUCCAUUGUCAAUAGACUGGGAACGAAAGAGCAAGUAAUCAACGCCCAAGAGGGAGAUCUACUGACCAAGGAGCGUCUUUGCUGUGGCUUAUCGAUCUUCGAAGUAGUGUUACGCCGCAUCAAGUCGUUCCUGACGGCCGACGUGUGGAAAGAACCCAACGCUACUAAUGGCGUCAUGAGUAUAGACGAAUGUCGCGAGUUCCAUCGUCUGUGGAGUGCAAUACAGUUCAAUUACUGUCAGCCACUGCGGCCUCAUGAACUCACUGUAGAGGAGUGUUUUGGUGAAGGCCUCAAUUGGGCUGGCUGUGUGGUCAUCGCACUUCUUAAUCAACAGAAGCGCUUUGAAGCACUUGAUUUCUGUUACCAUAUCGUCAAGGUACACGAGGUUGAUUCUCGAGACGAGGUGGUGGCUGGAGUGGAUCUCAAGCGACUCGUUAAACGAGCCCGACACUUCAAAGCCCUCAACAGUCAAAUCUUUGCAGUUUUGAACAAACACCUUAAGUCAUCAGACGGACCUGUCGAACAUGUACGAUGUUUCCAACCACCCAUGCAUCAAGCUUUCGUCUCGAACAUCUAAUUGACCCAACACAAUCAGACAAAUUUAUCAGACGUUCGCUUAUCCAAUGAGCUUUGUUGAUCCAUAUACUAUUUUUCAAAAACACAGCUUCAAAUUAUUUUUGGGGUAGAAGGGUGGGGUGGGACGGAGGAGGGUGGGGAGAGUUGCUGCGAUUAGUUUCUCCGCUAUAAAUAUAUAUUUGGCUCCUGAGUCGAUUAUUUCAGCUUGACUUCCUUUUUCAUUACUGCACACUCCAUAGUAGGCUGUGUGGAAACCGACUUUAAGUCUGGUUAAAAUGGUCUUAAUCAGAAUUAAAGUCUGGCUUUACACAGUCUACAUAUUGGGCUACAUAUUUUGAGCUUUUUUUUUACUAUUUAGCAUGUAUAGUCUAUUGAUAUUAUUAUUUUAUUCUAAACAUUGAAAACUUAUUGCGCUUAUCACGUGACUUUGGCCAUUACUAAUGAUGUACCUAGAAAAAUAAAGGCCCCUUUUCUGGAAGUAACAAGUCCUUAGACGCCAAAGCCUUAAGCCAAGGAAGAAAAAGAUUGCAAAUUUUGUAUAUUUUUGAUACUAUGUGAGAUAAAUCCAGAUUUGUUAUCUGUAGAGGAAAAUUAUAAGAAUCAUAUAAAUCACCAUUAUAAGCCUUAUCUAAGUUUUUUUAAUGCCAACAGGGUGCUUUAAGUUGUUUCUUGUAACGGGGUUAUUUACACCUCGGCAAAUUAGUAGAAAUAGGUUGCUCUUUUAAAAUAAUUAUUGCGGUAAAAAAAAACUAUUUUAUAUGAAUAAAUAAAGUUUGAAUGAAAGAAACAAUUAAAGGGGUUUUUUGACCCAAAGUACACACA